AGCCAGGGCAGCACAGGCAUGAGUGAGAGAGAGGAGGGGAGAGCCAGAGAUACUCUCCCUCUGUGCCCCGACACUUCAUCCAUGUACGCCUGAUAUAACACUGGACUACUUAGUGUUUUGCUCUUACGAUGUCUGCCAGUGUCGGUCUGUGAGGAGGACUUGUCUCACGGUUAUCCUGUUAGCUGCUUACUCCGGCUACAUGGCCAGCUAGCACAACAAAGCUAACUGCUGUUAGCUUCUGGCUUCAUCUCACCCGUAGCCGGUGAAGUGAAGAGUCGAGAAGGGGAAUGGCAAGAGUUUGCUCGGGUAGCCCUUCCAGAAGAAACAACGACUAACCAGAAUCAACCAACCUCUAUUUAUCUACUUAUUUGAAUCACCGGUUGUCGGUGUCACUGUAAUCCCCACCAUGGUGCAGAAGUACCAGUCGCCAGUGCGGGUGUACAAGUACCCCUUUGAGCUGGUGAUGGCGGCUUAUGAACGCCGGUUCCCCACAUGUCACCUGAUCCCUAUGUUUGUGGCGAGUGACGUGGUGGAAGAGGAGACCAACGAGGACGGCUCCACCACCCGAGUGCAGCGCCGCUGCGCCCUGGAUGUUGACGCCCCGCGCCUGCUCAAAAGGAUUGCGGGUGUGGACUAUGUGUACUUCAUCCAGAAUAACACUCUCAACCGCAAGGAGAGGACACUUCACAUCGAGUCCCAUAAUGACACCUUCUCCAACAGGGUCAUCAUCCAUGAGACCUGCUGCUAUUCGGUUCAUCCUGAGAAUGAUGCCUGGACGUGUUUCGAGCAGACCGCCAGCCUGGACAUCAAGUCCUUCUUCGGUUUUGAGAGCAACGUGGAAAAGAUUGCUAUGAAGCAGUAUGCCAGCAGUAUCAAAAAGGGAAAAGAAAUCAUCGAGUUCUACCUGAAGGAGCUUGAAGAUGAAGGGAUCACCCAGGUGCCGCGCUGGACUCCCUCCUCCCUCCCCCUGCCUGUCUCCAGACCCACCAGCCUCUUCACCAGCCUACCUGUCCCCCCCAAACCCGCCAUCACCUUCCCCAUUUCUAUCCCGCUGCCCAUCAACGCUAAGGACAGCAACUCUCAGGACGACACGCAGGACAGCAGCACACUUCAGGCAGACGUCCUGACGGAGAUCCUGACGGGGACACCCGAAGAUAAGUUGGAUGCGGACUAUAUCAAACGUUACCUAGGCGACCUGACCCCCCUGCAGGAGAGCUGUCUGAUCAGACUUCGCAAAUGGCUGCAGGAGACGCAUAAGGGAAAGAUCCCUAAGGACGAGCACAUACUGCGCUUCUUGCGUGCCAGGGACUUCAACAUGGACAAGGCACGGGAGUUCCUCUGCCAGUCGCUGACCUGGAGGAAGCAGCACCAGGUGGACUACCUUCUGGAGACCUGGAGCUCACCUCAGGUCCUCCAGGACUUCUACACCGGAGGCUGGCACCACCACGACAGAGAUGGUCGGCCUCUGUACGUCCUGAGGUUGGGUCAGAUGGACACCAAAGGACUGGUCCGCGCUCUCGGAGAGGAGUCUCUGCUCAGACACGUGCUGUCUAUUAAUGAGGAAGGGCUGAGGCGCUGCGAGGAGAACACAAAGGUGUUCGGCCGACCCAUCAGCUGCUGGACGUGUCUAGUGGAUCUGGAGGGGCUGAACAUGCGUCACCUGUGGCGGCCGGGGGUCAAGGCGCUGCUGAGGAUCAUCGAGGUGGUGGAGGCAAACUACCCCGAGACCCUGGGCCGGCUGCUCAUCCUGAGAGCGCCCAGGGUGUUUCCUGUCCUCUGGACCCUGGUGAGUCCAUUCAUCGAUGAAAACACCCGCAAGAAGUUCCUCAUCUAUGCCGGCAAUGACUACCAGGGUCCUGGAGGGCUGGUGGACUACAUCGACAAGGAGAUCAUCCCUGACUUCCUGGCAGGAGAGUGUAUGUGUGAGGUACCGGAGGGCGGCCUGGUUCCUAAGUCCAUGUACCGCACAACCGAGGAGCUGGAGACCGAAGAUGUCCGCCUGUGGACCGAGAGCAUCUACCAAAGCGCCAGCGUCUUCAAGGGAGCUCCACACGAGCUUCUGAUCGAGAUCAUCGACGCCUCCUCCGUCAUCACCUGGGACUUUGACAUGUGCAAAGGCGAUGUGGUCUUCAACAUUUUCCACUCCAAGAGGGCCCCCGCACCUCCUCGUAAAGACCCCCUGGGAGCACACGGCAUCACCUCCCCCGUGGGAAACAACGUCCAGCUGAUAGACAAGUCCUGGGUGCUGGGGCAGGACUUCAGCAUGGUGGAGUCCCCCCUCACCUGCAGGGAGGGCGAGAGUGUGCAGGGCUCCCAUAUCACGCGUUGGCCUGGUUUCUACAUCCUGCAGUGGAAGUUCCACAACAUGCCGGCCUGCUCUGCCACCAACCUGCCCCGAGUGGACGACGUGCUGGCCACCCUGCAGGUCUCCUCGCACAAGUGCAAAGUCAUGUUCUACACCGAGGUGCUGGGCUCUGAGGACUUUAGGGGCUCCAUGACCAGCCUGGAGUCGAGCCACAGCGGCUUCUCUCAGCUCAGCGCUGUCACCACAUCCUCCAGCCAAUCACAGUCCAGCUCUAUGAUCUCCAGGUAGAAGCUGAGGACUUCAAUCCCCACAAUGCCCCCUCUCCACUGCCCUUACCAACUGUCCUCUCUUCCUCCUUCCCUCCUUGUCUCUGGACUCCAUUGCACAGCCAGUCUCUUUGGAACUGAAGCAUGCUUGCACAAACAGAAGACAAAGAAUUAAACAAUUAUAUAUACGAGGCAAAAAGAAAAAAAAAUCAAGGGCUGAUUUAUUUGCACAAAGGUAAUAUAUGUUGUUGUGCCUGGUAUCUGUACUGGGCAGCAGUUUGAACUAUCAGAAUGUUUGUGUUGAAAUGUUAAAGGUCGGGAGAUAAAAGGCACCAGAAGCUGAAAGAAGCAAUAUUCUCAUCUGGAGGAGCGGCGGGCUCAGAUGAGGACCCUGGAGGCGCUGUUACAUAUAUGCAUUCAAAUCUCAUCAUGUGCGCUCUCCGAAAAACUGUUACAGACAAACACCUCCACACAUAUAAACGCAUGGAUUGACAGUGUUUUGCCAUAUUCCCAGAGGGGUUUGUUGAAUCUGGUGAAUUGUUUAUAGGUCAAAUGUGGGGGUGGAGGAAAACUCUGAAACAUGUGCAAAUAAUUAGUUUUUCUAUUUGAAGGAGCUCCGGAGCGGGUGGAGCUCACAACCGAGUGGUGCAGUGACGAUGUCAUUUUAAAGGCCGACCCGGAAGUAAGCAUCAAAGAGCUCCCUCCAGAUGGGAUUUUUCCACUGGAUUUCGGCAUUUUGCAGAAAAUCUUUGGCAAACACGUUUAUGAUACUUACAUUGAUGUUGAGCAAGGUAUCUCCUCAUAUUAACACAUUUACCAUUUUUGAAGCGUAACUUAAAUUGCAAGAAGUAAAAAGCUAACGCUUUAAACAAACUACAUCAUGGUCGCAUGGCUGCGCAUCACCACCGCUGAGCCAAAGACGGCUAAUGUUCUGCCUCAAUUAGUCACUGUUUUUAUUACGCAUAGAAGCUUCAGAUAUGUAUUAGUGGAGUAUUUACCGACGUGUUUUAGAACAAAACUUGAAAAUCUCUUACGUCAGAUCUUGUUUCAGUCAUCUAACCAAAAGCAUGAAAAACAACGUUGAGAGAAGGGAAGCGGAAGUAGUACAUGCUAACUCCUUUCUGGGUUUUAGGACUCAUUCCUGCACCGCUUUAUGUAGAUAGUGUCAGCAAAGUUGCUAGUUGGUGAGAAAAUAAUAUUCCUUUUGUCCUGCGCCUGUGCACUUUUUAAAUUGUUUUUAAAAACCCCACCCGCCCGUCUCACGAUGGCUUUAUCACACAUUGAAAAACAUUGAAUAUUUGACCCGGGUCUUAGCGGCGUAAAUCCGCUAGAAGCAAUAACAAAGGUUUGACUUUCUACUGUGUGAAAUAUUUGUAUUUAUCAUUGAGACGUAGGCUACGUGGAAAAUCAUGGGUGCUGAUUGCAGAUUGAUGUUGUGAGUUGCGUACAGGCGGGCAAACUGAGCCACAAAGUCUGUGUCAGGAGAGAAACAAAAAUAAGUCGCCAGAUUUUCUCCUUGACACCUUUUUUUAUUUUCCUUUGAACGACUUACAGUUUGUUUGGUUCCUGUCCAGCGUGUUCACGUUUGAGAUGCGAAAUCAAGUCGUUAAGGUGAUGCCUUGCCUGAUUUGUGAAUGUGCAACUGAUUUUGAACACAUUUUGAAGGUCGUGAUGCUAUCAGGCCGCCAUCAUUCUCAACUUAUUUUUCAGAGUGGUGUAGAUUUCAGCGUGCAUUAAGGAUGAAUGUUACUGAGUGAUUAUCAUUGAUACUGUACAUGUGCUAGUGUUGAGUGGGGUUGUGUUUUGAAGGUGAUGGGGUGACGCAGUGUUCCGUGUUUACUGCAUGCUUUCGUGGUGAUCGGGUUUACAAGAUCUAUAUUAUUUAAAAGAUUAAGACAUAGCCAUUUUAAGAGUUGUGUCAAUAAAUACCAUGUUAGCCUUUGUAAGCAUCAGUUAGAAACGUACCUGCUUUUUAUUUCAAGGUCACUACUGUAACCAAUCGAAUGAACAUUUCUAAAUGCAACACAUCCAUGCAACAGUUUUUGCUGUGGAGGGCGGAGAUGACCGCCAUUGCCAAGAGUCAUUGUCAUGCUGUUGCCAUGGUUAUCAAGUGCAGCUGACGGCAACAAACAAAAAGAUACGACGGAAAAUACUAACCCUGUCUGUGGUUGUUUUUGAUAUAUGAAACUUUUUUGUUUAACUAUUAAAGAAAGGUCAAGGGGUUAACUUGUUUAUAUCAUGAACUGCAAUAACAUGACAUGCUUUACUGAGUGAAAGGACCUCCUCAGAUUGUUGGGCUAUUUAAAGUGUGUAUGAUGGUGUAAAAGAAUAAAUGCUAGAAUGGAUAAAAGAUAUGCUUGUAAAAGAGCCUCUGCAGUCUCUCUCUGAAGCAUGUCUGGAACUCCAUUACUAACUGUGCUUCCCCAGGAGGCUCCAUUACUCUGUCUGCAAUGGUUCCUCUGAUGGUAAAUCACCAUUUUCAGAUCAAACUACUCUUAUAGUUCUCUUUGUCUAUCAACUUUCGUCAUGUGCACACUUGCUUUCAAACAUUGUGUAUUUCGUACAAAGCAAAUUGGAUCUUUUUUGAAGCCAUAGGCAUAAAGACGUGUACUCAGAUGUUGUUGUGUUCCACAUAGGCCAGUGCUUCUCAAAGUGUGGUCCGCGGACCACUGGUGGUCCGUGAGCGCCCCCUAGUGGUCCGUGAGUAUAUUGGUAAAAUUUCACAUUUGAAAUAAAUACAUUUAUUUAAGUUUUCCGCACUCUCGCGGGAAUAUCUCCGCAAUGGAACGAGCUUAAGUUUCACUUUCGAUUGCAUUAUAUAGUCCAGAUGAACACCUUCAUCACACAUGUUGCCACUUGUUUGUACUAUUUUCAGGCGAUUUGUAAAAAACGAUGUGUUUUUGGAUAUUUGUGGAGUUAGGUGGUCCGCGAGUGUUUUUUUAUUGGUUAAGUGGUCCUUGGUAUGAAAAAGUUUGAGAAACACUGACAUAGGCUACCUGAACACGUCCUUCUUCUCUGACUUUAGCACUUACACCUACAGAUGAGGGCUAUAGCCGUUUGUCUUGUUUAUUAUCUUUCGCUCUACUUUGCAUAUCUUCUCUUUACCUUGAUGUGAGGAAUAAUGUUGAAAGUACAUGUUUGGAUAAAAAGAGAAUAAGGCGCCUUUAUAUUUUUUGAAAACAUUAAACUUGAAUUAUGAGAAAAUA